CCGCCGUAGGGCACCCAGCGCCCUAGAGACACCUGGAGAAAGCAGGUAGAAGCUAUCAGGAGGGCGCCGAGCAGCGCUGUCCAUUCCUAGUAGAAGGCUUUCCUCAGGACAGAAACGCGCAGCUAUCUAGACUCGUUCUGACGGAGCCAUCUCACUGACCGUGGCCUCAGUUUCCCCGUCUGUAAAGUGGACGCGACUACAAGUGUCUUGAGGCUGGACCCGCGGCGGUGAGCGAAGGGUUAAAGGGGCGGGUCCCGCGACGAGGGCGGGGCCGGAAUUUCUGCUGCACCUGGCGCCUCCAGGCUCCUUCCCAUGACACCGCGCUAAACGCCCGGAGCCGAGCGGCGGCGGGAGCCGGAGCCCGACGCGGGAGGGGCGGCGACGGCGGCCGGUGCGACCCCGGGAGGCGAGCGGAGCUGCGAUGGCCGAGUUCCCGUCUAAAGUGAGCACGCGGACCAGCAGCCCAGCGCAGGGCGCCGGCGCCUCGGUCUCGGCGCUGCGUCCGGACCUGGGCUUCGUGGGCUCCAGCCUCGGUGCGCUCAUGCUGCUGCAGCUGGUGCUGGGGCUGCUGGUGUGGGCCCUGAUUGCCGACACCCCGUACCAUCUGUACCCCGCCUACGGCUGGGUGAUGUUCGUCGCUGUCUUCCUCUGGCUGGUGACAAUCGUCCUCUUCAUCCUCUACCUGUUUCAACUGCACAUGAAGUUGUACAUGGUGCCCUGGCCGCUGGUGUUGAUGAUAUUCAACGUGAGCGCCACCGUUCUGUACAUCACAGCCUUCAUCACCUGCUCUGCUGCGGUGGAGCCGACGUCCCUGAAGGGCACCCGGCCGUAUAACCAGCGUGCAGCUGCCUCCUUCUUUUCCUGUUUAGUGACGAUUGCCUACGGAGUGAGCACGUAUUUCAGCUUCCAGGCCUGGCGAGGAGCAGGCAGCAAUGCGGCCACCAGUCAGAUGGCUGGCGGCUACGCCUAAACCACCUGUGCCACGGCUCGCCUUGGGGCCGGAGGCUGCAGUCGGGUCACAGUGCCGAGUGGCCUCGUACCCGAAGCCUGAGCCCUGUGUGGAGUCGGCCCGAAGGGACAACGCCUGUGCCUCUUUGACCAUCAGACGUGGGCUCACCCGACACUCCUAAGGAAUCAGGACCUUCCUCUGGUUUGGCCCAAGUCGGCACGGGCACGGGUCGGAAUGAGGCCAACAGCCAAGACCGCCUCCCCAUCCCCCUUAUUCAGCAGAAGGUGACGGGGGAUACGGGGCUCACUGUCUCUGCUUUGUCUUUAGAGGACGUCAGUGUCCAAGGCUGGACCCAGCCUUCGCACCAGCACUAAACACACUAACAAGGACUCCAGACCUGCAGCCCCUGACCCACCACAGAAUAAGCCUAACAAACAACAUGUAUUUCUCUUUGUAUCUUAGUCUUUGUUCCGGGAGCGCAGAGCAAACUCAUGAAACCAUUCUGAUUCCUAAAUACACCAUUCUGACACGACCCUCCCCAAGCCGACAUGUGGCUUGUAGCGGGACAUUUCUGACAGAUGGUCUUCCUUUCCUGCCUUUCAAACAUAUGUACCAGUUAUCUACAGCAAAUUGGUUUUAAGCGACUUCUCAGUGGUGAAAAACCUGUCUAGGUUUCCCUCCCUGUCCCAAGCCCUUGUUUGUAGUAUCCUCUGGGACCUGCUAACGUCAAUACCAACUGCCUCCCUGACACUUUGAUUAGGCACAUGGGACAUGGAGGGAGGGAAGCAAGAAAGACCUUGCCUGAUGAGUUAUCAUGCGCUUGGUGGUGACUUUGUUGUUAUUGUUUUUUUACAAAAAUAAAGAUGGAAGAACUUAUUUGGA